AUGGAGAGAGAUGGAAAUCUCUUCAAUGCAGAUGGAAUUGAUCCUAAAGAACUUGAGAACUACAAACUGGUACAAUUUGUAGCUUUUUACAUGCAGAGUUCUCUACUGUGUUUUUUUUUAUAAGUUUUAUUUUAAAAUUUCUUUAGCUUACAUUUGUCUAUUGUUUCCCUUUUACUCCAGGACAAUAAUGGCUCAGUUAAAGGAUUCCCAGGUGCAAAGGUUUGUGAAAUGCUGUGAACAAAAUAACCAUGAUUUUUACCUCUAUGUAAGGUUUUGCUAAUUUUUUAUGGUAAAUUAACAUUUUUGCUUAGGUUUACUGACUCAAGGAAAUGCUGCUUUAUCAAUUCUGGUUAUCAAAGUCCUUAAAUGAUGAAUAAUGAAACGAACACUGGGGAUAUAAAUUUUUUAAUGAAGGAGCUCCUUCCUCCUAGAAUAUAAGCAAGUUGAAAUGUUAUAUGCUGGUUUACCUGAGACCUUAAGAAUGGAUUAAUGCUUUCAAGUUAACAUUCUGUUCACCUCCUACUCAGUUGGAAAAAGUCUCAAAACCUCAGGUGCUGUCAAAUGACAUUAAAUUAUAAAAUAAGUAAUUGUAGACAUUGGUUUUGAAACAUAUUCACUUUCAUGCAAUGUUUCAGAUGACUGAGGAGAACCCCCUAGAAGGAGAAUGUGACAUUUUAGUUCCUGCAGCCAACGAAAAACAAAUCACCCUUAAAAAUGCCUACAAAAUCAAAGCAAAGGUACUCUGUUACUAGAAGUAUUUAUUUAAUAAUAUUUGAUUUUUGGGCUGUUAUUUGGUUGUUAGGUUUUCAAGCUUGGUUGCUCAUUAGGGAGGAAGGUUAUCCCAGUUUGUAGGGGAAUGGGAAUCUAUAAUAAUUUGUUACAGGGUUUCCUGACAUAUUUGGUGAUGUUAAUUUUCGGUUGACCUUUUAACUAUCAUGAGUGACAUUGACACAAUUACUCCUUACAAUAUCAAGAAGACAAGUGAUGAGUAUAAAAAAAUGUCAAUCAGGGGCUCAUUAGUUGAUAAAGUUUGGAAAUAAGGCGCAAAGAAGAAGGAAGAAACACUCAACUGCAUCACGUGUUUCUCCUUCGCUUCUUUCGUGCUCUAGCUGCUUCUUGCUUGUUUUACAACAGAACAGAACAUAUUCAAGACUUCUUUAUUUGUUAAAAGUAAUUACUAGACAAGUUCACCUUUAUAUAAAUAGUAGAAAGUGGAGACCAUCAGUUGAGUCUUUUUUUUCGUCUUCUUCGCCAUAUGAAAUAGUGAAAUAUGACUGAGAGCAUAAAUGGCAGUUUCCUUUCAACCUCGAACUCCCAUCACGACCAAUUUUACCUUUUUUUGAACUGCAUAACUUUUUUCUUCUUCUUCUUUACUUGAUUAGCUACCAGAGACAGCUCACCUUCAUAGGCAUUUUUUAUUGUUAAACACUUUUGGUGACCUCUUUGUAUUGCUUAAAGUCAUUAUGGGUUUUGAAUGUCCCCUUAGAUGCAAAUGUAUUGUACAAGUGCUGUUAUUUGAUAAUCUCUUAGUGUUUCUGCAUGUUUGUCUCUUCUUCGACAGGUAGCGUCCAAGAAAGCCUGUAUAAUCAUUUCAAGGAAGCCAUUCCAAUCAAACCACCAGCUAAGUUCUUGCAAAAGAUCGCUGUGAGCAUUGCUUUUUAUUUUAUUUAUUACUUCGCACCACAGAGUUGGAUCUGGGGAUGGGUGCGACAACUCCGCGGCCCUUCCCCCCCUCCCCCUCCCUCACUGUGAUGACCUACGGCUUUUUUUUUAUCACUAGUAUCCUGCUAAAAUUUGUUUGCGUCCCCCUGUCAGUUACAUCCUUCCUUAGUGGUGCACUCCCCUCCCUAGAAGAAUUCUGGAUCCUUCUCGGCACCCAGCAUACUCGAUUGAGCAGUGCGACUUUCAUUACAUUUUUUGCGACUCAGAUGCCUGCAACCCAAAUAAACCCCGCUUUUCUAGAUGUGAUGUUUAUUUGGGGAAACCACUUGUCGAUAUUUUUACUCUCCCGUAGGUUGCUUAUUUGGGGGAUGGUGCUUCACUGAAGGCAGUGCCUUAUGAAGCACACGGUAAUUAUUUGUAAUUUCGUUUGAAUUCCCAACUGUCUGGUAAACCCUGAGCUGCAAGAUUUGUACAUGAUUUUCCAAUAAGAUUUGUUCUCUCCCAAAAUGUAACGGAGUCUUUUAAUUUUAAAGUUUUGUAAUCUUCUAGGGCGCGAAUGAAAAAGAUAUUGUUCAUUCUGGAUUGGAGUUCACCAUGGAACGAUCAGCUAAGGUAUUUCGUCACUGAUUCGAGGUUUUCUUCACGAAAUUACGUCCAUAUUAGUCCUUACCUUGGGUGCUGAGCCGUCAAAACAGGGCCCACGUUUGAUAUUUGGAAAACUGCGUCGAGUAUAUCACGUCAUAACAUACUGGUAGCAUUCCUGGUAAAUUAGUAAUAAGUAAAAAACAAAUUUCCCUUUUGGUCCGGUAAUAAUAAGCAGUUAUUGGAUGAGUUUGAGCAUGACAUUCUACACUUAAUGUAUGGUCCCGAGGGAAACAGUUAGUUUUGUUUUUCCUCGAGUCUUGAUGUUUCCCGAGAAGAAAUCGAGGAAGACAUCAGGACUCGAGGGAAAACAAAAGUAACUAAUUUCUUGUGGGACCAUACAUUAAGUGCUUUGUUAUAUAUUUAGACUUUCCCUUAAACAAUCAUGUGCUGUUGAAUUCGGGCGCCCGGGCAACAACUGCGCAAUUGUAUUCCGGUCGGGAUACAUUUAAAUUUGAUCAGGGGUACGUGACCAAGAAUCAACCAGUCACAGUUCUCGUUUUGUUGACUGAAAAUCAAGGUAUAUAACAACAUGAAUUAUCAUAACGGAGGUCUGAGUCAUCUGCUGAAACCGAAGGCUGAAGCAGACAAAACAAACUUGAGGUUUGGUAAUUGAUGAGAUUUUUCAAAAAUGUGUCAUAACGAUGAUGAUAACAUUAAUGGACCACUCACCCAAUGAAAAUUUAUAGGGCCAAUAUUGAACUUUGUCUUUUCUUGAAUGUGAAAUUUAACUGUGAUUUUUCUUUUCCUUUUUAGCAAAUUAGGCAUUGUGCUAAUGAGUACCAACUGGGUCUAGACAUAAGGACGGCUGCAUAUAUCGUGUCCAUGGAAAAAGUCUAUAACACAUACACUGUGGCUGAUUUCACAUUUACAUAAUCCUCCUGUGAAAAUUGACCAGUGAUUAAUUCUUAGAUAAUUUUCAUUUGGCUAAAUUUAUGAAUGAGCUUUACCAUGGAGGAUAUUUAUUGUAAAAGCAUCUACUGCAGCGGUCAUGCGUCCAUGAUGAUUGUGUGUCUUUGUAAACUGGAUGAAAAGAAUGACAACGUUUUGUUGCCUUUUCUGAAUUUUGAAUCACACAGCAGUCGCAUUCUUUGGUCAUAACUGUAAAACAACGACACUUGACAUAGCUGUAGCACUUUUUAGGUCACAGUUGUUUUUGAAACCGCAACAUUACGAAAGAAAUAGAAAGUAAAAUGAGAAAAAGAGAAAAUGUUCCAUCAAUAAAUAACGGAAAGCUCUUGUCACUUUUAAUGGGCUUGAUUUGGGAUUUUCUUAGGAAAUCUGCGAUCUUCUCUUUUUAUGAUUGAGAUCUUGUUUCGCCACAAUUUGAUGAGAACUAUAAGUUAAGAUUAUUUUACUGAGAAGUGAAAAAAAAAACCGCUCGUUUUAAUUAUUUAUCUGAGGUGUUUUUUGUACUCCAGUUUUCCCCGUUAAAUUAAACUCGUCAUGGAGCGUGGUGCUUCUUGAUCGGUCUCUUUUGUAACCAUCUAGCUCUUCAGUGCACAGGCGUAAAGAAAUUCAAAACUCAAGCAUCUUUCAUAGCGUGCAUUUCCUUUUCUACUAUUGUGAGUU